AGCAUGCGAAGAUCCAACAAAUCUCACAAAGUCCCGAAUGUCAAGCUCCGCCCCGCCCAACCAGCGCGCAAGGGCGCCGCUCAGCCAACCCGCGACAGGCUGCUCGCGCACGCCCGGAGCGACGACGCGCCAAGCUCAACGAGCGUGAUCGACCUUUGUCCGCGUCCCUUCAAGGGGUUUCUGAUAUGUGCCACAGGCAUUUCGGACAAGGCUACGCUAUACAAGCAAGCCAUAGAGCUCGGCGCGCACUCCAUCUCGGAUUUGACCGACCAGGUCACCCAUCUGUUGGCGGUUGAACCAGGUAGCGCAAAAUACAAAUGCGCGGUCGAGCGUAAGAUCCCGAUCAUGCAACCGUCGUGGAUCACUACAAGCUAUGAGAUUUGGCUGCGAGGAGAUGAUGUCGAUGUUGAGGAAUCUAUCCACGCACAUCGUCUCCCCAUCUUCUCAUCGCUCGUCAUCUGUCAGUCAGGGGACGCUAUGCCAGAUGAACGCUCACGCGUCGCGAAGCUUGUUCAGGGCGAAGGCGGCGAAUACGUGAAGGCCAUCGAACGGCCAGUGCGGGUCACACAUCUCCUGUGCUCCGGGACAGAGCAGACAGAUAAAAUCCGAUACGCGAAGAAGUUCAAUGACCGCGGCGAGGCCAGCAUCAAACUAGUUUGGGAGGAGUGGUUCUGGGACUGCGUGGCGUUUGGAGGCAGGUUCGAUGAGGACAAGUACAGCAUCGAUCGGCCACGGCCAACGAGGAUGCAGCAUUCCGAACCUACGACGGAGCUUCCGCAACUCUCCACACUAGACGGCGCAGCUCCUUCCAAUGCAGGUAGCAAACCUCAGUCCAAUGGAGACGAUGCCGACGAGGAAAUAGCUUCGGUCCGACGCGUGCCCGCCGUCACCCUCCAGAUCUGGGAGUCGCUCCUGGGCCCGCGGGGCUUCGUCCUUGUCGAUGGUGCCCUCGUCCGCAGCCCGUCUAAGUCGCAGUCGCAGCCCCGCCAACUCGACUGGGAACCGUCACCCACGCGACCGAAGGUAGACCUCAAGGGCAAGGGCCGGGCCGCGGAUGGAGAUGGUGGCGCCGUAGCGAGCGUGCUCGGCCUGCCAUCGUUCCGCCGCUCGGCGUCGUUUGCCCCCAAGGCGCCGAAGGAGUUCAAGCGGAUGGUGUCCGGAAUAGGGCGCGCGCAGCCGACGACUCUGUCGGGCGUGAGGCCCGGGAGCUCGUUCCUCAGCGCAGGCGCGCCGGGCGGGCUGACCAUCGACGGCCGGCCGGGGAUGACCGUGGGCGCUCGAGAAGCGUCGUCACCUUCUUCGUCUUCUCCUGCUCAUGCAGGCGUAAACGGGGUGCGGGACAUGGAGGUAGAUAAUGAGGCCGGUGCGUCGGAGCGGGAAGGAAGGCCCUCCGCGGGUGUGAAGGCGACGGCAACAGCGACGCCGGAGUUGUUCGCAGGGCUGCGGUUUCGGUGUCUGGGCGAGGCGGACUGCGAGAACGUACGGGCCGCGGUGGAGGGUCUGGCCGGCUGCGUAAUUGCGGAGGGUGAGACCGGCGAGGCGGAUUAUGUGGUAGUGAGGCUCGUCAGCGGAAGCCAGAUUUAUAGACAAGAAACCGACGAGCGCCGCCGUCCGCUCUACCGGACCGAAUGCUGGCUCGAGCGCUGCAUAUUCGAAGGCCGCAUAUGCGCGCCGGACGAACACGUUACGUUCACCCCGCUCACCAUCGACACUCCCGUACUAGGCGCGGACUUGAUCAAGCUCAGCUUCUCGGGCCUGGACCAGUCUGAGGCGUGCUGGAUUCGUCGGCUCGCGCGCGCCCUGGGCGUCGGUCACGCUCCCCAGUUCGCUCGUCGACGAACGACGCACCUCCUGUGCCCAUCCGGCGCCGGCGCGAAAUUCGCCAAGGCGAACGAGUGGGGCGUGCCUGUCGUCGGGAUGGCAUGGCUGGAGUACAUGGCACGCACGGGUGCUGUACCUCCACGGGGAACGCUCCUCAUCGAGAUCCCGCCGCCGCCACCGCAGGCUGUCGAGAAGCUCGCGUCGGAUCGAGGCACGUCGUCAGACCAGCGCCAAGUGGUUCGAUCCACGCCCGCGCCGAAGGAUGCCGCCGUGUCGAGGCCCGCGCAGAAUCAGGCCGCUGAGCAGAACGCGCAGCCGAUGCGGCCACGGCCACGGCCCGUGCCUCGGCCCGCGUCCAAGCCUGCGGCGCGGGAUCAGGCGCAGGAGAGCACCAUCGCGUCCUUUGGCGAGCCCAUGCUGCUGCAAGAGCCGGAGCAGGCGGCGUCGGCGGUGGCGAGCACCCCGCCGCGUGCGGCGACGCCCGAGCCACCGUCGAGCGCGGCCGAGAUCCGGCGCGAACUCGCGGAGGUUCGCGUCGCGUCGUCCGUGUCGCCCUCGCCGCUUAAGGCUUCGCGCACGGGAGGUGGAGGUAGUGGCGGCAGCGCAAGCAUGCUCCUCCCAUCGUCGUCGUCGCCGCUCCGGAUCGACGACGCGGCGACGCGCGCGCUGCAGGAAAAUAUCAGCGUGCUGCUGGGCAAGCGGGCGAACGAGGGCGAGGCGGGUGAGGAGGGCGCGGGGAGGCCGGCGCGACGCGCUAGGGCGGGCAAGCGAGCCCGCCCCACGGCCAAGUCCAGGCUUGUGAAGGUGAACUCGAACUCGGGCUCGCUGUUCGCGGAGCUGCCUAUGGAUGCGUUCACGGUGGCGCCGGAGGACGACGCGAUGCUGGCGAACGAGGCGCUGCCGGACGACUCGGGCAUGCGCGUCGAAUACGAGGAUCCGCUGCAGAAGGAGGAGAAGAUGCGGCUCGUGAAGCUCAUGGGCGGCGGCGACCCAACGACGGACGCGGGCGGCGACGACGGCGCGCAGGAGAACCAGAAGCCUUCGGGGGCUCCGUCGAAAAGGAAGCUGGUGCGGCGAGUGACGAGACAGUCGAGGAGGGGCGGUUGACGGAGCUCGUCUAUCUAUUAUCAUCUUUGCCAUGUACAGUCUACAAAUG